CACGUGUCUUUGACUUUGUUUAUUGUUAUCAGAACGCAGCCACAGAAGUGUGGUGUGGUAGUUGAUGGAAAAGAUGGAAGAGAUGAUGCAUCUACCUUACAACACGACGGUGAAGCUGAUGCUUGGUUCACUUGAACGCAAUUUGCUUCCUGAUACCGUCAUCAGAAGACUCACACGUUUGCUUUUAUCAACUCGCCUUCGUUCUUCUUACAAACCUUCCUCUGAACUUCAGCUUUCUGAUCUUCUCCAAUUUGCUCAUUCUUUACAAGAUAUGCCUAUUGCUGUCAGUACUGAUGUCCCUAAAUCUCAACAUUAUGAAUUACCUACCUCCUUCUUUAAGCUCGUUCUUGGAAACAAUCUCAAAUACAGUUCUUGUUAUUUCUCUUCUGCCUCAAAGACAUUGGAAGAUGCUGAAGAAGAAAUGUUGAAACUAUAUUGCGAGAGAUCGAACCUGAAAGAUGGUCAUACAGUUCUUGAUGUCGGAUGCGGUUGGGGAUCACUGACUUUAUUCAUUGCCAAGAAUUACAGUAGUUCCAGGGUUACAGGAAUCUGCAAUUCCACGACUCAAAAAGCUUUUAUUGAGGAGAAAUGCCGGGAGCUGCAGCUGCAAAAUGUGGAUAUCAUUGUUGCAGACAUUAGCACAUUUGAAAUGGAAGCUUCUUAUGACAGAAUAUUUUCCAUAGAAAUGUUUGAGCAUAUGAAGAACUAUAAAGAUCUUCUCAAGAAGAUAUCCAUCUGGAUGAAAGAGGAUGGCCUUUUAUUCGUUCAUCAUUUCUGCCACAAAGCAUUUGCCUACCACUUUGAGGACAAAAAUGAAGAUGAUUGGAUUACGAGAUACUUCUUUACCGGAGGAACUAUGCCCGCAGCAAAUCUACUUCUUUAUUUCCAAGAUGAUGUUACUGUCAUCAACCAUUGGCUGGUAAAUGGGAAACACUACGCACAGACCAGUGAAGAAUGGCUCAAAAGAAUGGAUAAGAACAAGACUUCCAUCAAGCCAAUUAUGGAAUCAACAUAUGGCAAAGAUUCAGCUACCAAAUGGACUGUCUACUGGAGAACAUUUUUCAUAGCUGUGGCAGAACUUUUUGGAUACAAUAAUGGUGAAGAAUGGAUGGUUGCACACUUUCUUUUCAAAAAGAAAUAAAGAAAACUAAAACCAUUCUUCCCUUGAUUUGCAAACCGAGUCGGGAUUUAAAGAGAGAGAGAAUAAACUGUUCAACGAGGCUGCAUACUUCAAUAAUUCUUGUUUGCUUUUAUUGAUUGAUGAACUAGUUUUAUGUAGUCGUCUACCUAUUUUUUAUCACAAAGUCUUCCCUUGGAAAACAGAUCAAUGCCAAAUGGCCUCUGUAAUUGACACGAAAGGUGAAUGAAUAAAUUUCAUUUUAGUGUGGUUGAUA